AUGCGUGCCCUCUUCUGGAAUAUCAGAGGGAUGAAGAAGGCUGCUGGUCGUGCAACUCUCAGCAAUAUUCUCCUAGACAAGCACCCUGAUGUGGUUUGUCUAGCUGAACCAAUGGUGGAGGUAGCUGCUUUCCCUUCUUUAUUUUUUAAUAAACUGGGAUAUGAUGCAUGCUUUAUUCAUAAUAUUCGCACUAAUAAAAACCCAAACCUAUGGGUCAUUUGGAAGAGGUCUCUCACCAAACCAACUAUUAUUUCCAUGUUUGACCAGUUUAUUUCACUGUGUAUAAAUUGGAGAAACAAUUCUAUUUACAUAACUUUUGUACAUGCGAGUUGUUUCCAAGCUUCUAGAAGAGAGCUAUGGAUGGCUCUUGCAGCGACUCCAAUUGGCUCCUCUCCUUGGCUAGUGACAGGUGACUUCAAUGCCUCCCUUUUUUCGCACGAAAAAAAGGGUCCGGGCGCCUUUAAUCUUGGGUCUGCGUCUGAGUUCAAUGCGGUUGUGGAUGCUUGCAACCUGAUUUCAGUUCCUUCUCAAGGGCAUAAAUUUACUUGGACGAAUAACAGGAAGCGUGGGAAUGUUUUGGCAAUUCUGGGCAGGUCUUUUUGUAAUGAAGAGUGGAUAAACCACUUUCCUGACUGUACCCAGGAGGUGAUGCAGUGUUUUUCUUCUGACCAUUCCCCCCUGUGCAUUACCUCGGAUUCAAUGAGGAAACCUGCAAAUUGCCCCUUUCGCAUCCAACGAUUUUGGAUGGACCAUGAGGAAUUUAUGGAUGUGGUCAAUAAAUCCUGGAGUGAACCUGUGGAUGGCUAUCCUAUUUUUUCUCUUGCUCUUAAGCUGAAACGCCUCAAGCCUAUUCUCAGGAGCUGGGCAAGAUCAGUGUUCCCAAACCUAGAUGCGGAAUUAAAAGCUGCAAAAGAUGAUCUUCAGCAAAUCCAAUCUCAGAUAGAUUCCUAUGGUAUUGAUGACCAUCUUUUUAAUUUGGAAGCUGAUGCUAAAUCCAGAUACUUGAAAGCUCUCCUUGACCAUGAAAAGCUAUGGGCAGAAAAAGCAAGAAAUAGAUGGCUCUCUCAAGGAGACCGAAACUCUAGAUUUUUCCACUUAUCUGCGAAAAUCAGAAGGGUGAAGAACUCGAUUCGCUCUCUUCAAAAAACUAAUGGUACAAUUACAUCAAGUAUGGAUGAUUUGGUUGUUCAUGUUGAGGAGUACUAUAAGGCUAUCCAUAAAGCCAGCCCCACCCUUGACCAUGGAUCGCUAUUGGACUGCAUUCCCCAUAUCCUUGACGAGCUUGACGUUAGAGGAUUGGAAGCCAUCCCAAAUGAUCAAGAGAUCAAGAAUGCAAUUUGGGACCAGGACCAACCCUGA